AUGAUUGUAGCCAGUCACUUUAAGAAAUGUCCAUCCAAAGGAAUAACGCAGGCCCCUAUUUCACCAACGGUCGUUGGAACCUCAACAUCCCAGUCAUGUAAUUGUCUCGAAUGUAAAAGAUCCUUCACCACCAAAACGGGUCUCGGUCUUUAUCGGAAACGAACCCACCCAGAGAAUUUCAACUCCGAGAUUACAACGACCAGAAUAAAAGCUAGAUGUAACACAACAAAAGUAACCCCGGAGGUUGUGACUUUCUCCUGCUCCGAAUGUGAAAGGGACUUCCCCACUAAAAGUGGACGAAGCCUUCACAUAAAAUCCCAGCAUAAAAACGCUUCACUGACUACAUCACAAAGUGAAAGGCGUUGGGACGAAGAGGAAGACCUAAUCUUAGCACGACUGGAAACACAAGCAAAAAGUAAUGGGAUUAAAGACAUUAACAAGUACAUCUUUGAUCAGAAAUGUCUCCCUGGAAGAACUUUUGACUCUAUUAAAAGUCGUAGGAAGCAACCGCGAUACUUCAAAGUGCUCUCCUCCCUAAAUAGCCCUGUCCAACUGGAAAGAAUUGAAGAGAUUCCCCCUCUUUCUCCUCCUAUAACGGAACCUAAUGUACAAGUCAAAAAAUGUUGGAAAGACCUAAUUAUGGAGUUCCUGAAACAACUCCCCGAAGAAUCUGCGGAAUGGGGGGAAUCCCUUCUAGACCACAUCAUCUUAGACAUCGAAAACGGAAAUAUAAUAAAUCAACUUGACGCCCAAGCAAAGCUCUUGCUCAUGCCCCAAAAAGCCAAAGCCAAUAAAAGUAAACCUGAGAACACCAAGACUUCCUUGAUCCCCAAAAAAGAUAAGCCAGAGAACCCAAUGAUUUUCGCCCAAUUACCAUAUCUUCGGUCAUCGCUUUUUCAUAAAAUCCUAGUGACGCGCUGCACAUCAUCACUUCAGCUAAACCCCUCUCAAAGAGCCUUCAUCCCAGCCAGCGGCUGCGAAGAAAAUAUAUUUGUAUUAGAAUAUCUACUAAAGAGCAAGAAAACCACCCACAUUGCACUUUUAGACAUCCAGAAAGCGUUCGACUCUGUCCACCAUGCCUCAAUCAUACGGGCGGCUGUCCGUCAAUGGGCUCCUGAACAAUUUGAAUUACCACUCAAAGCAGUUAAAUACCCAGAAAUAAAUAACGAGCCCUGUAAAACAAAUGAAGAUAUCUACGAAAAAACAGCUAAAGACCUAUAUAAAAUGCUCGAUGGGAGAGGCCUUAAACACGCUAAAGAAGUCCCAACCAUCCAUUCAUGGAAAAUAGAUGGAAAUAAACUCGAGACAGGAGCAUCCAACAUAUCCUCCAUCAAAGUCCACGGCAACCUACUUCCAACGCAAGCAAGGGCUGCAAGGGGGCGAAAUGAAACACCUAUGUGUAACGCAGGGUGUAACGGUCGUGCAUCCCUAAGUCACAACGCCCAAGCGUGUUCCAGAAAACACGGGGCACGAAUCAGAAGACACGACGCCAUAGUAAAGUUAGUAAAUGAAAAACUAAAGAAUCUAAACUUUACCACCUUAACUGAACCAAAGAUUAAAACAGAAGCAGGAUUACGUAAGCCAGACAUCAUCAUCAUUAACAGCAUUGAAUCUUGGGUGAUCGACGCGCAAGUAGUCAACGACUAUGACGAUCCUGAAGACCUGCACCACCUUAAGAAACAGUAG